GAUGGCAUCUAUAAAAAAGCUGCUUCAUGAUACUCUAGAUGACCUGAAACGAGACGAUCUAAAGAGAUUUAAGAGUUACUUGAAAGAAGAUGGACCCUUUGGAGCUGGUAAACUGGAGAAGGCUGGUGUCACUGAUAUAGUGGAUAUAAUGAUGGAGCGUUUUGGAGCAGAAGAAGCUGUGAAGAUCACACUGAACAUCCUGAGGAAGAUGAACCAGAACCAGCUGGCUGAAGAGUUACAGAACAACUACACUGAAGUCCAGAAAUCAUCAGAAGCAGCUGAGAAACACAUGAGAAAACAAGAUGAUUUCUGGCUGCAGGAAUUCAUGAAAUCUCACAAAAUGAACAUGAAGGAGAAAGUAGAACACAUUUUUGAGUGUAAAAAGGAAAAUGAAGCACAUCUCAAGGAUGUUUUCACAGAACUCUUCAUUACUGAGGGGGAUCUUAAAGAAGUCAAUCAAGAACAUGAGAUUAUACAGAUUGAUGAAGACAUUAAACCUCGUAAAUCACAGGACAGACCAAUCAAAUGCAAUGAUGUAUUUAGACUGAACAAAAAGAAGAAAAAGAUUGUUCUGACCAAAGGCAUCGCUGGCAUUGGAAAAACGGUCUCAGUGCACAAGUUCAUUCUGGACUGGGCAGAAGGAAACGCCAAUCACGAUAUAGAUUGUGUUUUCCUGCUUCCAUUCCGAAGGAUUAACUGCAUUAAAGAUGGAGAGAUCAGUCUGCAUGAGUUUCUACAGAUAUUUGAUCCAGAACUGGAGGACCUGGAAACAUCAAACAUAUGUAAGAUAUAUAAACGUAAUCUUGUGUUUAUCUUUGAUGGACUGGAUGAGAGUCGACUGACUUUGUAUUUUGACAGUGGAAUGGUGACGAGUGUUGAGGAGCGAUCAUCUGUAGAUGAACUGUUCACAAGUCUGGUCAAUGGGACUCUGCUUCCAUCAGCUCACGUCUGGGUGACAUCACGACCUGCAGCAGCCAAUCAGAUCCCUCCUGAGUAUGUAGGAUUGUUCACAGAGGUGCGAGGAUUCACUGACCAGCAGAAGGAGGAGUAUUUCAGAAAGAGAAUCAAAGAUGAGACUCAGGCCUCCAGAAUGAUCUCACACAUUAAGAAAUCUCGUAGUCUCUACAUCAUGUGUUACAUUCCUGUGUUCUGUUGGAUCACAGCCACUGUUCUUCAGGACAUUCCUAUUGAGAACAAUGCAGAGAACAUCAACACGACACUCACUGAAAUGUACAUCCACUUCCUGCUGAUACAGAUGAACAUGAAGAGCCAGAAACAUGACAGAAAAACAGAAAGAGAUUGUCCCAAGCUCUUAGAUUCCAAUAAAAGAAUGAUUUUGAAGUUAGCUAAGCUAGCGUUUGAACAGCUGAAGAAGGAAAACAUUGUGUUCUAUGAGGAAGAUCUGAGAGCAUGUGGUAUUGAUGUGAGUGAAGAAGACUUUGAGUCCACAGGAAUGCUCACUGAGAUCUUUCAGCAAGAAGCUGGACUUCAUGAGAUGAAGGUCUUCUGCUUCGUUCAUCUGAGUGUUCAAGAGUUCCUCGCUGCAGUGUAUGUGUUCCUCUGCUACCUGAACAAGAACAUGGACGAGCUGCAGUUUUUCACUGAAGAAACAGAAAAUGAGCUGGAAAGUUCCUUUGAAGAAACACAAAGAGAGGUCAGGCCUAAACGUUGGUUUCCUUUUCAGUUUGCAAGGCUGCACAAAACCAACAAGAAUAAGAAUGUGUCUGUCAUCAACAAGCCAGACAAAAAUAUUGCUUUACAUGAUUUACUAAAGAUGGCUGUUGAGAAAGCAAUGCAAAGUCAGAAAGGACAUUUAGACCUAUUUUUACGGUUUCUGAUGGGCAUUUCACUGGAGUCCAAUCAGAAACUACUCAGAGGCUUGUUCACACACACUGAAGACAGCAAAGACAGUGUCACAGAAAUAACCAAACACAUUAAAGAAAUAUAG